UUUUCUUUCACGAACAAAAAUGUUUCUUCCUUUCCGCGAAAUCUAUUUUUCGUUUGCUACUACCCCUGGUGGAAGCGACAGCAUAAGAAAGGAUGAUGUGCUAUGCUGUUUUAAUGUUUAUAUUGGUGUGCAGUCAUGCAACGUUCUCCAGUGCGGUGAACUCUCAAGAGAAGACCCUGUUACAACAUGGAGAACACAUAACUACGAACCUUUACGAGGAGAUCCAAGAUGCAGAAGAAUGGCUGACAUCAGUCAAUGAAGCAAGGACACUGCAAUCUAUAGCCGGAGAAAAAAAGGCGAUCCCAGCAGAACCCCUAAAACCAGGAUACAAAAUCCAAGCAAUACCGCUAAUACCAGUAACGGAAGAGGAGACACUAAGGGCUUCGGACGAGAAAAAGAAGACGUACCCCCCAUCAACACCACAGGCCCCAGGAUACAAACAGGCCCAAGCAAUACUGCCGAUACCAAUAACGGAAGAGGAGGCACUAGAGGCUUCAGACGAGAAAAGGAAGACGUACCCCCCAGCAACACCCCUGAGACCAGGACACAAAGUAUGUUUACAUUGUCAUUGCAAGCUGUAUCGUCUUUUGAAGCCCGUAAAUGGCCAUCCAACAUUAAUGGAAGAAGAGACACGGAAAAUUUUAGACGAUAAAAAGAAGACGUACCGCCCAUCAACACCACAGGCCCCAGGAUACAAACAGGCCCAAGCAAUACUGCCGAUACCAAUAACGGAAGAGGAGGCACUAGAGGCUUCAGACGAGAAAAGGAAGACGUACCCCCCAGCAACACCCCUGAGACCAGGACACAAAAUUCAACCAAUACUACCAAUAUCUGUAACGGAAGAGGAGACACUAGAGGCUUCAGACGAGAAAAGGAAGACGUACCCCCCAUCAAAACCCCUGGCCCCAGGACAGAAAAAAAUUCAAGUGGUGAAAGAUGCAUCCAUCAGAGUCAACGGGAACGAGCAGGUCCAAAAUCCAGGAGUCGGGAAGGAGAAGAAGGUCCCAGCGAAAGGCCUGAAACCAGAUCACAAAAAAAUUCAAGAGGUGAAUGGCACAUCGGUCAAGAGUGAUUGGACCCUGGAUCCUAAGCAAGCAUCCAUCACAUUCAAUGAGGACGAACAGAUCCCUUUGAUCUUUUAAUGCUAUGCUUCAGUGGCAAAUCUAAAUGUCUAAGGCAUCUACGGAGAUACUUUUAAUUUUAUUUCGCUUUACAAGCUGGUCCGCGCUAGUCAAUGGGGAAACGAAGAAGAAAAUUACUUUUUUAUUCCAUGGAGUUGAUAUUUGUAAACUGAUAUUUCUAAGCUUUUCUAGUUCGAACUAAAAAACAAGCACACGGCUUUGCUAAUAAAGUUAAUGAUGUCGUUUAACAUUU